CCAUUAUUACUUCUCCAGUUCUCAUAUUAUGACUUUCGAGGCGUAUGAGCUGAAUCAACCUUGAUCCUGCAUGGCAAUGGCGCGAUGAGAUUAGCGACCCAUCCGACCCCGUCCAGACGGAACAUCGACAAUCACGAGAGAGAGGAAAAAAAAAAAAAUCCGAAACCGCCCCCCUCCCCAAAAGAAACCAAAAACAAUAAUAAUAAACCUUGUAUGCAUACCCGGUGGUUUCCCACCUGCACCCCCCUCCUGGCUACCCCCACUUUACAGGUCGCCUUAACGUUUUCCUCCUUCCCCGAAACUUCCAUGGUUGAUUCUGGGCCAUUCUUACUCUUCUAUUAUUAUUAUUAUUAUUAUUAUUAUUAUUAUUAUUUUGUUUCGUCGGAUGUCCGAAGGAUGUUUCCAUCACGUUCUCUCUCUCACCCCGCCCCCUUCGCACACACACAUACAUACAUAUAGAGAGAGAGAGAGAGAGAGAGAGAGAGUGUGUGUGUGUGUGUAGGUGUGUGUCAGGAUCUUAUGGAAAGACAACCUCCUGAAUUAUCAGUUUGCCCGCCAUCGGCACGAAGUGAACAGCUGUAACCAUA